GGAAGUGGGGGUGAGAAGCGGCUACAGCGCCGAGCGGAGGAGGCAGGAAGCCGAGCGCGAGCAGGGGCUGGGUGGGCACCAUGGCCGGGAUCACCACCAUCGAGGCGGUGAAGCGCAAGAUCCAGGUUCUGCAGCAACAAGCCGAUGACGCGGAGGAGAGGGCCGAGCGCCUGCAGCGGGAAGUGGAAGGGGAAAGGCGGGCCCGGGAGCAGGCCGAGGCUGAGGUGGCCUCCUUGAACCGCAGGAUCCAGCUGGUUGAGGAGGAGCUGGACCGCGCCCAGGAGCGCCUGGCCACUGCCCUGCAGAAGCUGGAGGAAGCGGAGAAAGCUGCUGAUGAGAGCGAGAGAGGUAUGAAGGUUAUUGAGAACCGAGCCUUAAAGGAUGAAGAGAAGAUGGAACUCCAGGAAAUCCAACUCAAAGAGGCCAAGCACAUUGCAGAAGAGGCAGAUCGGAAGUAUGAAGAGGUGGCUCGGAAGUUGGUGAUUAUUGAGGGGGACUUGGAACGCACGGAGGAACGAGCUGAGCUGGCAGAGUCUAAGUGUUCUGAGCUGGAGGAGGAGCUGAAGAAUGUCACCAACAACCUCAAGUCUCUUGAGGCUCAGGCGGAGAAGUACUCGCAAAAGGAGGACAAAUACGAGGAAGAAAUAAAGAUUCUCACGGAUAAACUUAAGGAGGCAGAGACCCGUGCUGAGUUUGCUGAGAGAUCCGUCGCGAAGCUGGAGAAGACCAUUGAUGAUUUGGAAGAUAAGCUGAAAUGCACCAAAGAGGAGCACCUGUGCACACAGAGGAUGCUGGACCAGACUCUGCUGGACCUGAAUGAGAUGUAGAGCACCCAUCCCGCCCGCCGCUGCUCCUCCCUCUGCCCCGACUCCGCCUGAGGCCGGCCUGCCCGAAGCCGGCCUUGCAACUGAGGGCUGAUCUUUAACUGGAAGGCUGCUUUCUCCUCUUGCCGCCUCUCCCACCCCAUCCCCUGUCUUUUUCGCCAAACUGUCUCUGCCUCUCCCUAGAGAUUCCAGCUGGGCUUGAGGCCGAGCACCUUUGGGAACAAUGUUGGAGGGAAUGUGAGCACAAUGCAAAGUGUCUUUAAAAGCAUGGUGUGAUGCACACAUUUUGUAAUUCCUUUUUUGCUGUUGUUGAUGUAGUGACCAUUUGUAAAACAUUCCAGAUUACCCACGGUUCUGAAGCAGCGGUCUCAUCCCUUCCUCACAUGUGGCAAGUAACUUUUCAGUUCAGUGCAUACUGCCCUCCGCAGAGGGCGCCUGCCUGCCUUGCUGAGAGCAGGAGCCCGGAAAGAGCCCCACUCUGGGAAGCUUCAUUGCUUUGUCCAAAGUACCAGCCAAAUUAGAAAGAUGAUUCCAGGAGGCGUGGCCAAAAAAGUGUGGCUCAGGCUUUCGCUUUAAGGUAUCUUUGAGCAACUUUAUUACUUUUUUUUCAUCAGAAGUGACCAAAUAAGUUAAGAUGGUGAGACCAAAUCCCGGGCCUGUCUUGGCCCUAACUGCCCACAGAAUGGAUCAUGUUCCCCUUAUGUUGAGGUGACCACUUUCUUGCUUUCCUGCCUCCUUGAAGGAAAAAAAGAAAAUGACCGGCUUGUCCCUGAUUCAGCCACAUGAGACCAACUCCUCUCCUCUCCCUUCGCUGGGUCCAAAGCUGCUGUCCCUAGAAGUGCCAUCUCGUGCUUUGUAUCCGUCAGUGCUGGAGAAAUCUUGAAUAGCUUAUGUACAAAACUGUUUUUAAAAUUUUAUAUUAUUUUGAAACUUUGCUUCUGUAGGGCUGGGGCACGUCGGCCGCCGCCGGCUGAGCAUUCUGUCCAGGCUGUGGCCGACCUGUGCUGGUCUGUGCCAGUUUCUUUCCCUCCCCAGCUCCCCUUUUGGGUGAGGUGUCUGUGAGGCCCGUCAGGUGCGCCCCGCCGGUGUGCUCCCUCCGGGGCGACUGGGAGAAAGGAAACCCACAGUGCAAACUGUUUUGAUACUGAAAAUUGACAAGUGUCUUUUUGAAAUAAAGAACCAGUCCCUCUA